GUCUGCUCAGUUACCCAUGGCAAUGGUAGCAGUCCCUCGGCCUUGCAAACACCAAAGCUCAUUUUCAAUUACCUUUGCCUUUUCCUGGCGCCCGGUGAUGACGCAGUGCUCCCUGAUUGGCUCUGCAUCGGAGGCGGUGGUUCAGGGAGCCGAGAAUUGUGAAAGCUGGACACGUGGUAGCGAACGGCGAGGAGCUUAAGGGGUCUCAAGCCCAAAAAAGUUGGGAGGUUUGCAGGACCUAGAGGAACCCCUUAGGAUGAAGCUAAGUCUUACCAAGGUGGUUAAUGGCUGUCGCCUAGGAAAAAUAAAAAACCUAGGCAAAACCGGGGACUGCACCAUGGACAUUCCAGGCUGCCUUCUGUACACCAAGACUGGCUCUGCCCCACACCUGACCCAUCACACGCUGCAUAAAAUCCACGGGGUUCCUGCCAUGGCUCAGCUUACACUGUCAUCACUGGCAGAACAUCAUGAAGUCUUGGCAGAAUAUAAGGAAGGAGUUGGAAAGUUUAUAGGCAUGCCAGAAUCACUCUUGUACUGCUCCCUGCAUGAUCCAGUCAGCCCUUGCCCAGCUGGUUAUGUAACAAAUAAGUCAGUGUCUGUGUGGGGUGUUGGAGGACGAGUGGAAAUGACUGCCUCCAAGUUCAUGGCAAUUCAGCAGGCCCUUCAGCCAGACUGGUUCCAGUGCCUUUCAGAUGGAGAGGCAACUUGUGAUGAAACCACUUCCAUAAAAAGAGCCAGAAAGUCUGUGGACCGAUCGCUUCUAUUCCUGGAUAAUUGUCUGAAGCUACAGGAAGAGUCAGAGGUCCUCCAGAGAAGUAUGAUCAUUGGCGUGAUUGAAGGUGGAGAUGUGAUGGAGGAGAGGCUGAGGUCAGCACGAGAGACAGCCAAGCGGCCUGUAGGUGGCUUCCUUCUGGAUGGCUUUCAAGGGACUCCAGCAACCCUGGAGACUAGACUGCACUUGCUGUCAUCAGUCACUGCGGAGCUACCGGAGCACAAACCGAGGCUCAUCUGCGGUGUUAGCCAGCCAGAUGAGGUGCUCGAGUGUAUUGAAAGAGGAGUGGACUUAUUUGAGAGUUUUUUCCCUUAUCAAGCAACAGAGCGGGGAUGUGCCCUGACCUUCAGCUUUGAUUACCAGCCGAAUCCUGAAGAGACAUUAUUGCAACAAAAUGGGACACAGGAAGAAGUAAAAUACGUGGAUCAAACAAAGAAAAGUAAAACAACCAGUUGCAACCAAGAAAUGACAUCAUUUGAAAUUAAUCUGAAGGAAAAAAAGUACCAGGAGGACUUUGAUCCGCUUGUGAGAGGGUGUCCCUGUUACUGCUGUAAGAAUCACACUCGUGCGUACAUCCACCAUCUGCUGGUGACCAACGAGCUGUUGGCUGGCGUCCUGCUCAUGAUGCACAACUUUGAACACUACUUUGGAUUUUUCCAGGCCAUCCGGGAAGCACUAAAAAGCGACCGACUGGCACAGCUGAAAGAGCUCAUCCACAGGCAAGCAUCUUGAGACCUGAUACGCAUCAUCUGACUCUUCACAUUGAUCCUGCACCACGGUUGUAAUGUGGGAAGAAGAGAGCAGGAAGUGAUCUUCACUUUAAUCACUUAUAUUUGAGAAUGAAGUCUACUCAAAUAAGGAACAUCUGUACUGUACUCUGCCCACCUGAGGCUAAAGAGACUUCUUCUUACGGCUGAAAUGACCUAGAAUGACCUAGAUUGAUCAGAAAGAAUUGAAACCUGACCUUGAAUAUUUCUGCGCUAACCCCUUUUAGUCAACAGAGAUUCAUUUAGUCAAAGAUAAAAGCUUUAGAUGUGAAGGGACAGCCUUGAAGUGGGGAUGAUGAGAAUCUGAGGGUUCACUGAGUUGGAUUGGAGCUUGAAGGGAGUUGAUUGGUCAUGAGUAGCAUGACCUCUGUGGACACAUGCCUGUUGACCAAGAAGGAAUUUGUCUGAUUCAAGAGUUUUCUUCAUUUUAAUCCUUAUAUUCUCAGGGGUCUCGUUUGGACACUUGUGCCUUCCAAGCUGUCCUGGCAGUGCAAUCAACCAGAAAUGACUCUUGUGAUUUAACCACGCUCACAUCUCCAUGGAAUGUGGAGCUCACACAUUGCUCCAAUGACCAGUUAGCCGAGGGCACACUCUUCGUUUGACCCUGUGGUCUUUCUGUGACUUGUCUCACUAGAGUCAGCGCAGUUGCCUGUUAGGAGCUGAAAGUUUGCCUAGCUGCUUUCAUCUGGUCGUACAGAUCCACUGUGGUCUGCCUUUUAGUCUCAUUAAGAGUCGAACCACAUAAUAACUGGAGCUACGUCACCUGGGGAGAUUCAGUCACCGUGUGUUCACUUGGACGGAGCCCUGGCCUGCCAUUUAGAGGAUUGGGUUUCAGUUCUACUCAACUAUGACACUUGGGCAAAUCACUUAACUUCUCCAUGCCUGUUUCCUCCUGAACAAAUGAGGACAGGCAAAGUGAAUAGUACUAAACGAAUUUCUAAGGUUCCAUCUAGCUCUAAUAUUUGGGGAACAAGAAGUUUUAGAUUGGAACCAUAGCUUUAUGUGUAUCCUUGUUUAUUGAUCACUAUUGGCCUGAUAAAAAAUGCAGUGGUGCCAGGAGUCAGGCAACAGUAGAGAUAUUUGAGAGCCUAAAAACGUUUAGCCUGUGGAUUUUAAAGUGGUUGGUAAAUUGGCAUCAGCAGGUCCUGAGGCUGGGAAGACCUUCGCUGAUCACCUCUGAUUCUCUGAAUUUUUUUCUGCUCUUGUCAAAGGAAUGACAUUCAUGUUGAUGGUGUGACAGGUGAUUUUUAUUUUCUUUGUGCUUUUCUAUAUUUGUCAAGUUUUCUAUAAGAAUACACAUACAUGCACGUUUCACACAGUUUUUAUAAAUACAGUAGAACCAAAAAGAUGCCUUUGUUUUGUUUGUAGGGGUAUAAAAUAUAUUUGUUUUACAUUCUUGUGCUACAUUUUUCUAUUUGUUCAUUUUAGUGGGCAUUACUGAACCUUGUUUUUAAUUAUUAUGUGGUUACUAUAUUUUUAUAUGUAGGGUGCCCGUCUAUACUGUUUUCUUUUAUUAGUGGUUUAAGAACAUCCAUGAAUUCCAAAGCUCAUGAAUUCCAGAAUUCAUGGAUAUUCUUACAACCUCUCCUCCAAUUAAUGGCAAGGAUACUUAUGAAAGAGUUUCUGUUCUCAAGAAUCUGCUUGUUUAGGGCUUCCCUGGUGGCGCAGUGGUUAAGAAUCUGCCUGCCAAUGCAGGGGACAUGGGUUCGAGCCCUGGUCCGGGAAGAUCCCACAUGCCGCGGAGCAACUAAGCACGUGCACCACAACUACUGAGCCUGCGUGCUGCAACUACUGAAGCCCGUGCACCGAGAGCCUGUGCUCCACAACAAGAGAAGCCAUCGCAGUGAGAAGCCUGUGCACCUCAACGAAGAGCAGCCCCCGCUCAACGCAACUAGAGAAAGCCUGCGCGCAGCAACGAAGACCCAAUGCAGCCAAAAAUAAAUAAAUAAAUAAAAUUUAUUAAAAAAAAAAAAAAUCUGCUUGUUUUGAAAUAUAUUGGAUUGGAGUUGUUCAUAUGUUUAUAACUCCCGUUCAGUGCCAAACCCAUUGUUGGAGGAGUAUUAAUAAAUAUCCCAGAAUCCAUAUAAAA